AUGAAGCUAGAGGCUAGAGCUAACCCUAAUUUGUUUAUGGCGACUAUUCGAAAGUAUCAACAUCACGGCACGGUCAACAGGAUCCACAUGGAAGGCGUACCUGUCCCUCCUCAGCCUGGAGAAGGAGCCUAUUAUGCUCAAUCAGGCUAUAACAACGCUGCUGUUAACUAUCAAUACCCUUCUCCUUAUGCUCCGCAGCAGUUUCUUGCUGCAAACUAUGGUUACCCGAUGCUGAAGCCUCCUCCACAGCAGAAGGAGAAGGAGGCUUCAGAAGAGGUGUAUAAGCAGCAUACGGCGCCGCCGUCUUAUGCUAUGCAGCCGCCACCGCCAAUGCCGUUGUCUAGUUACUCUUAUGUUGAACCUCCGUAUUGGCCGACGCCUCCGGCUAGUGGUGGUAAGUGUGUGAUUAUGUGA